UGUGCCAUCCCUAGUCCGGCUGGAUAGCGGACCUAAACCAACAAAGCUUCAAUGAACUUUUGACGACGUGUGGAUACCCCAUCCGUUCCCCGUUGUUGCGGAGCACCCACUGGAGGCCCUGUCGAUGGGCAGGACUCGUGUCGGCAUGUCGCUCCUGUCAGUGUGCAGAUAGCAGUGCUCGGUGUUUGUUUUCCCGCUGCCGGCUGGCAGAGCUGCGAGCUCCGGAAACGGAAGCCCAUCGGUUUCAGGAACACCAUGACCUCAUGGAACACCAUGAAAACGCGGAUAACCGCAUCGGUGCGCACCACCAACCGGAUGAACGCCCUGCUCUCGGAGUCGAUGCUGAGCAGGAGGCGAGCGGCACAAAAUCCGGAAGGGGAGGUGACCGGCGGAGAGGCCGGGGAGCCACGGAAGGAGAAGCCCAAGAACGACUGGAAGUUCUUUCACACCAACUUCAAUAUGGAACGUGCCCAGAAGAUCAUCGAAGAUUGCAUCGAGGAGCGGCUGCUGUGGGACCGCUUCAGCCGCAAUUACGACUCUUGGCGGGCUCUGCAGCUGGCCGAAGGUCUGGCGGCCGAGAUACGCGACCGGGUCAAGAAGCUGAACCACAGGCGAUACCCUUGGAUCGAAUCCGCAGCCACCGGAUCGUCUGUCUGCUGUCGAUCGUGGAGAAGCAGAACCAGGGCGUCUACCAGCGCAUGUGCCACUUGAUGGACGAGAAGCGGGACAACUUCACCCAACUGGUCUUUGAGCGGCCCACGUACUUCAUGAUCGUUGUGCUGUAUCUGGUCUAUAAGGAUUAGUCGCG